AUGCCCUUUUUAAAGUGCCUUGACAUAAAAGGUUGUCAGAAUAUCGCUGCAGACAGUAUGGUAACGUACCUUCUUGUGAAGGAAACGUUGGAAGUCUUACGAAUGCCAAAUUGCUUUCAAGUUGAUGGAAAAUCCUUGAUUAGUAUACUCAAGUCCCUCUCUGAAGUUAAAGUUGUAUAUGCCAGUGACUGUGGACAAAUAUCAGUGGAACAAGCUCGAGAUAUUUUGCACAGUUGUAAACGAUUGGAAUUUUUUUCUCUUUCCCCUAGCUGGGGUCCAUUCGAUCUUUGGGCAGACCUUCUCAGUCAUUUUAAGCAUGUCAAAUUUGGGGAUCCCAUUUUGUAUGAGGAGGAAGAAGAACUGUACUGAAAUGUGCAAUUUGAAAAAAAGCUGAUUAUAUUAUUCAUGGCUUAGUCAGCUGCUAUAUUAAAUAACCCAGAAUAUAACCACGUUCUACAUUGCAAAUUUGUUUCUAUUUCAGUAUUGGUGACUGAUAGGGAUGGUAAUGCAUUAUUAAGUCAAGCACGUGAAAUUGAUGUGGGUGCUCUUUUACGCCAGAAAAUAGCCAAUAAGUCCUUAAGCCAAGCUGAGAAGCUAAAUGUCGUUACCAACCAUUAUAAACCAGGAAAGGAAUCUGCCUUCCCAAAAGUUCCUAUGAAUGGCUGCAAUCGCUAUUUUUAA